UGUGAAACGAAUAAGAUGGUGUAACGUUUUCGACACCGGCAGACCUGACAUUUUUUCAUACAAUAAUACCACAUGAACAACGGGACGGACGGCGUUGGUCAUUUGUUCUGCUAUUGAAACUUUCGAAUUUGAUUCGAGCCAAGACACCAGCAAAAAUAGUUGAUUCGCUGGCGUUCCGCCGAAUGUUCCAUGGCCAUAGAACACUCGAGCCCUUGUUUACAGGCUAAUGCAUUCUCAUCAAACAACAAUUCUCGUAUGGCUGGCAUCCUUCAAAGCUAGAAUUUCAUGGUGAUCUUGUGUAACUGUGCAAUUUUGUGGUGAAACCAUGACCAACGUUUGCAAAGUGCAUGGGAAUACCUCAGAAUGUGUAUCAUCUGAACUAGCGAAACUCAAGAUUGCCGUCGCCUUGGUAGUCAUACGGAGCAAGCCAGCCGACCAAAAUGUCAAGGAUUUCGUUCACAACUUAGUGUUUUUUCAACAAGAUAAAGAGCAGAGAUGGAAAGCCGAAUAUCACCGACUCAAACAAGAAGUUCUACAGUUAAGACAGCAACAACUUUUAUUUUCAAUUAACACCAGGCUCAGUUCACAUUCGAGUGAAGAUUUUCGCAUUAGACCAAACCCUCAUGAUUCUCAACCAGUGUUAACUCCACCCGAUUCGCAAUCAGAUAGUCAGCCAAAUACAACAUUGGCGUUACCGACAUUGGCACCCAACAUCCCUGAAAAUGACAAAGCCGACGCAGAUCACAUGACAUUUCUGCGGGCUUACUUCUAUCUAGAUCAUCAAUUGCGUUUAAAUCGGCCACCACCACCACCACUAAUCGGCCUUAAUAACGAAAUCUUGGAGAAGGACGUGGUGCGACAAAGCGUGCUGUCUGUGUUGCAACAUGUCGAUUCCAACACACCCAAGGAACAAUCAGAUUUUUCGAGAUGUUUGGACAGCUUUCGCGUCUGCGUUCGAUUACUCGACUCUCAUGGCAAAUGGAGUCAAUCCAUGCUGGACAAGUUCAUCGAACUGUCCUCAUGUUGGUUGAAACGGGUGAUGCAGGGUGACAACGUGCUUAGGUACAACGCCCUGCUUGACAUUCUAGCCGAUUCGAACGGGAUGGCUGUACUGCUGGCUGAAACUGUUGUCAAGGCGAUAGCCGAGUCGCACGAGCGGAUGAAUGAGUGGGAGUGGGACGGCGUAGAGCUCAUCCCUCGGCCUGUGUUGACCCACUUCUCCGCUAGUUCCUAUUACUUCCUCUUGUUGGAGAAAACCAUUCCUCGAAUGGGUUCGUCCGAUAGAAGUCGAUUCCAGACCGUUUUAUCCCACGUCGGACAGCGGGUUCACAUCAACUUUCCCCUCUUUGCUGCUUCGAUGAUGCGUCUGGCCUAUCAGCUUGGCAACUGAAUCGAAAAGACGUGCCUGCUCAUUUAUGCCCUCCGUGCGCUACAAUCAAUUUUCCAUUGUUUUUUGUUUGUUUUUUUAUGCUUUUUUGUAAUAAUUGCAGCUUCAUUUACCCACUGAUUCGCAAUCUGUCUUUGUUUGUGUAUGUGUGUGUGUGUGUGUGUCAUGGGUUUAUUGCAUCUGUUCAAUUUGUUUUUUGUUUGUUUUUUUUUGUUAUUAUUUUUUCUUUUCCUUGUUUCUUUUCUUUCGUCAUCAAAAGGAGGCCCUUGAGCUUCACUGGAUCACCAUGGAGUAGGAGGAUUGCUUGGGGAACAAGAUGAACGAGGAAAACGGAUAGAGAGCCGAAGAAGAUGCAAGGAAUUUUAAUAAAAAUGUACAUAGCAAGUUUAAAUAUAAAUGAUAAACAAAAGAAGCUUUCUCUUUCUUAUCCAUCACAAUUUUUUUUCCUUUUUUUUUUUUUUUUUGCAUUUUUUUAGACUUCUGUCAUCAUGUUUCGUACACGUUAUCCCGCCCUCUAUUCCACUGGAGUUGCCCGGACCACCAUCUCUUCUUCGGGAACGAGAUGUUUUUCGAUUUCACGUUUCUUCCAUUUGACUCCUUGACAAUGUUGCUUCGCAUAGAUUUCGUUGUUGUCCAACGAAGAGGUCCUCUCUUGCAGUUUAUCUCAUUAUUUUUUACUAUUUUAGUUGUCUAGGUCGUAGCUGUGAACGAUAGACGCUUUGCGCAAUUCGAUCAUUGGCAUGACACCAUUUUCCUGCUAGGAUGAAACAAGAAGAGAAACAUCGGGUGAAUAACAAAAGCACAGGAACACGCACGUCAAAGAAAAGGGAAAGUGAAGGAGCCUUUUUUUUUUUUUCGACGGUUAUUGAACUUUUCUUCACAGGGCAUGGACCAGUUUCUUUUACCAAAAGAUUUAUGUUUUGCUCCAUAAAAAAAACACGAAAUCUU